CUUCUGCGUUUGCGCAGUACGGCAUUCCGGGAUAGACGGCAAUGGAGGACGAAUUCAGCAUUGAUUUGAAGGUGCCAUUUCCAUCUGAACGGGAAGCUGAAAUUGCACAUGGAUCGCUAAGUGUUGACAAAGAACCAAAGCGUGGAGGAUGUAGGAAAGAAAUGAGUGUGAAUGGCAAACUGCUUCAUGUAACAUUUCUUGCCAAGGAAGCCAAGUUUCUGAGAGUGAGUGUCAACUCUUUCAUGGAUCACAUGGCAUUGGUAGUAGAGACAAUGGAUCAAUUUGGUCCACCGGUCAAAGUUUGCAAGAGAUAGCGUCUCCAAUUGCCCCAACUGCAUAUUGGACUUGACUUUUUAUUAGUGGAAUGAGUACCAGUUCCAAUUGUUGGUGAGGACAAUUUAUUUGAAAAAGGUAGCUGCAGUCCAUUUCCUUGUCCAUCUGGGUAGGAAAAAAGUUCAAUAGAUAUAUCAUUUGCAAUCAUCUGCUGCAGUGAUAUGUCGUCUCUCUCAAUGAUUAUUCCACCCAGGAAGUUUCUGCUUUGACUCAGGAAUUACAAAUCGGGAGUUCUCACUGAAUUCGGACCUAUGGGAUCAGGUGGAUGGGGCAGUACAUGUAUAUGAACAUUAAUAAAGUGUGUAUUUGUAUUUUA